AUGAAUCAUAUCCUACUCUCCAAGCUCUCCUGGACGGACAAAUCUUCUGUCCUCAAAUUGCGUUUCCUUCAUUCAUGGGCAGCUGGAAACCCGGCUUGGGCCGGCGGAUUCACGGAGCGCGCAACACUCUGGACGAACGAAUUGGGACUGCUGGUGCAGAGCCUUGCCCCGAAUCAACUUUCGGUCCAACUCGAUGAAGUUCUUGCUGUCGGCAAUGUGUACUUCAUGACCCAGUUUUCCCAGCACAAAUCAAGGAAACAAGACCUACACGCCAUCGCUUCACUAGAUGAAGCUUUAGUGGAUGUUGUUGGCAGGCUGGUCUCUCCAACACCUGUUGGCUAUGUACAGAAACAAAAUAGGUCCAUAAAGAGGCAGACCAUUGUCAUUCAAAAUGAGCGCGAAACCUCCCUGUCAGUCACGCUGUGGGAGGAAUUUGUAGAGAGGCUGGUACUACCAGACCACAUUCAGAUGGAUGGUGCUGCACCGGUUAUUGUGGCAUUUACCAGUCUCAACCCUUCAAUUUGGCGUGGGACUGUCGGUGCUUCCAACAGCUCUGUAACUCGCAUUGUGAUGCUGCCACCAGUACCAUAG